ACGUUGUCAGUCUGCCCCAGACCCAGCUACAUGGGAGAUCCGCCUGGCUGCUGAUGGGUCGGUUUUUCGGCAGGACCCUGGUCGUGGAGGGCUGAAGCUGAGCGGGUUGGCCUCGGGGUGCAUGCAUGUCUUAGCGGGAAUAGCCGGCGUGCGCAGACGAACUUUUUUCGCCUUCGUACGGUGACAGCUGGAUACUCCAAAACAACACUUCUAUCCAUCUCCAGAGGGCUCCUUCUGCAGCCGUUCUUUUCCAAAGUAAUUGCUGUUGUAGUCGUUCCUGCCGAGUGGAAAUAUGUCUGACGCUACCAAGCCUGGUGAGCUCUCCCCCACACGACAUAGACAUCAUCACAAAUAAACAUUACCACCACAACUAUUGGCUAGAGCAAUCCAUGGAGGCUGCUCAAGCGCCAGUCGAGAACAACAACACCAAUGGCGAGGUAGAGCAGACGGAGGAGGAGGGUGCCAAUGGCAUCUUCCAGAUCACCAUCAAGCUGCCUCAUGAGCCAUUCGAGACGCAGAUGACUAUCUCGACUGCCGAGCAGGUGCAGGACCUGCGUCAGUCCAUAAUUGAGAUGCCGCACACCUUCCAGUACUCGUGCUUCCACCUUGAGCACGAGGGCAAGCGUAUCAACGACUACGUGGAGCUGUCCGAGGUGGAGGGGCUGAAGGCUGACUCUGUCCUGACGCUGGUGGAGGACGCAUACACUGAGAAGGAGGCCCGGUUACACGUCAUCCGCGUGCGUGAGCUGAUUGGCGCUGCCGGUGACCGCACAGAUGCGCUGCACGGCAUCUUGGCUGGUCUUUCGCUGCAUGACACAGUGGGACUCGACCAGUCAGGGAAGCCCAAAGAGGAUGGCCCUGAGCAGUCGCCGCUGGCCGACUACGACUUUAAGGCUGGAGGGGCUGUGAAGAGCCUGCUUCCUCCCGUCCAGGAGCCCGCGCCCAAGACCAUCAAGUCCAUCGCCGUGUCGCCAUGGAACCCCCCGCCGUACCACCUGCGAUCGAAGGGCCACCUGAUGUACCUGGUCGUCAACACCAACGAGAACGAGCAGCACCACAUCACCUCCCACGUCUCUGGUUUCUACGUUAACAAGUCGUCAAAUGCCAGCUUUGACCCCUCGCCUCGUGAUGGACCCAAGGCGCGCCAGGCACACUCGCUGCUGAACCUGCUCGAGGCCAUCUCGCCCUCCUUUAACGACUCCUUCCAAAAGCUGCUCGACCACAACGCAAAGAAAGAGCUCCUCACCAUCUUCCAGCUCUCGAACGCCAUCCCCGCGAACCCCUGGUUGGUCCCCGCGCCCACCUCCGCUCUUACCACACAUCAGCCAGACCUCGCACGAACACAAGAGAGCUACCUCAUCUCGGGCGUUGAGAACACAGAGACUCUUCGUGACUGGAAUGAGGAGUUCCAGUCGACACGGGAAAUGCCCAAGGAGGCUGUCCACGAUCGUGUCUUCCGCGAGCGCCUCACAUCGAAACUAUUCGCUGACUACAACGAUGCGGCGACACGUGGUGCGAUGCUCGUAGCUCGCGGCGAGAUUGCGCCUCUCAACCCUACAGAAGCUAAGGACGCCCAGAUCUUUGUUUACAAUAACAUCUUCUACUCCUUUGGCGCGGACGGUGUCGGUACUUUCGGCACUGAGGGUGGUGACGAGGCUGCUCGCGUAGCCGUCGGCAAGGACGUCUUUGGUGUUCGCGCCGUCAACAACUUGGACAUCCCCAACUUGUUCACCUCAGGAACUGUCGUCGUAGACUACCUUGGAAAGCGCAUUGUUGGACAGAGCAUCGUUCCCGGUAUCUUCAAGCAGCGCGACCCUGGCGAGCACCAGAUCGACUACGGUGCGGUCGAGGGCAAGGAGAUCGUCGCCGACGACAAGUCCUUCGUUCCCCUGUUCGAGCAGCUGUCGAAGGCUCUGCGCGUCAAGAAGCACCCUGUAUGGGACAAGGACAACGUCAGGCACGAGCUGGAGGGUAGUGUUGAGACCAAGGGGCUCAUUGGUACUGAUGGCAGGCGCUACGCUCUCGACCUCUACCGCCUCACUCCCCUCGAUGUUGCUUGGAUUGAGGCCCACUGGAGCGAGCCGGCCAAGGAGGGAGAGACUAAGUCUUCCGAGAAGGACUACCCUCACCGCAUGGCCACUCUUCGCCCCGAGCUUGUUGAGUCGUACGGCCGCCAGAAGCUCCGCGAAUACGUCAAGAACGAGCUUGAGAAGAAGAAGGGCGCAAGGGAGGAGACACCAGUGAAGAAGGCUGUGAAGGCUGAAGAAGAGGAAGGAUCGUCUUCUGAGGAAUCUUCGGAAGAGGAGUCUUCGGAAGAGGAAGAGUCGUCAGAUGAGGACGAGGAGGAGAAGAAAACCGAUAAGAAGGCCGACAAGAAGGUUGCAAAGACCGAGAAGAAGGCUGACGGCGAGGCUGAGCCCGAGAAGAAGGCAGAGGAGCAGGACCGUGUCGAUAUCUCUGGUUUCAAUUUCGCUCUCAACCCUGACGUCUUCUCUGGCCAGAACCCGCAGUCUGAGGAGGACAAGGCUGAGUGGGCCAAGGACGAGGCUGAGGUUCGCGCUGCUUGCGAGCACCUGCAAUCCGAGGUUCUUCCUCGCCUGAUCCAGGAGCUCAAGGACGGCGAGGUUGGCUUCCCCAUGGACGGCCAGUCUCUCAGCGCCCUCCUGCACAAGCGUGGUGUCAACAUCCGCUACCUCGGAAAGAUCGCUGAGCUUGCCGACAAACCUGACCCGCGUCUCCAGGCCUUGAAGCGCCUUGUCAUCCAGGAGAUGAUCGCACGUGGCUUCAAGCACUUCGCCAACUCCAAGCUUCGUAACAUUCCUGCUCCUUUCGCCGCUGCCUGCGUUGCACACCUUCUCAACUGCUUGCUUGGCGCAGAGGCGAACCCCAAGCCCGUUGCUGAGUCUGACAGCAGCCUCAAGUCCAUCUACCCUGAGGCUGACUUCAGCUUUGAGAAGCUCACCCCCGAGACCUUGAAGAAGGCGGUCGUCGCACAGAUCGCUCUCCGCUACCGCUACAACCUCAACGCCCUCGGCGGCAACUGGGUUGAGACCGGCAAGGAACUGCAGCUCUUCCGUGAGGUCUCGCUCAAGCUUGGUCUGCAGUUGGAGAGCAAGCAAUACGCCUUUACAAAGGAGGCUCUCGUCAGCGUCCUCGCUGCCAAGCCUGCUCCUGCUCCUCAGACCAACGGCAACUCGACUUCGAGCAAGAAAAAGAACAAGAACAAGCAGGCUUCGCCACCUCGCACCGAGAGCCCUGCUCCUGCUCGCACAGCGCAGACCUUCCACGCUGACGACGUCCUGAACAUCGUCCCCGUUGUGAAGGAGGCUUCGCCCAAGAGCUUGUUGGCUGAGGAGGCCCUCGAGGCCGGCCGUAUGUCCGUUGCUCAGGACCAGAAGGAGCUUGGCCAGGAGCUGCUCCUCGAGUCUCUGCAGCUGCACGAACAGAUCUAUGGUGUGCUGCACCCUGAGGUCGCUCGUGCCUACCACACCUUGUCUAAUCUCCUUUUCAACCUGGAGGACAAGGCGUCCGCUCUCGAGCUUGCCCACAAGGCUGUCAUUGUCUCCGAGCGCACCCUCGGUGUUGACCACGCUGACACCGUUCUUGCUUAUCUGAACCUGGGUCUGUUCGAGCACGCCUCGGGUAACACCAAGGGCGCGCUUGUCUACGUACGCCACGCUCUUGACCUGUGGAAGAUCAUUUACGGAGCUGACCACCCUGACUCGAUCACCACUCUCAACAACGCUGCUGUCAUGCUGCAGGCCAUGAAGCUGUACCACGAGUCGCGCAUCUGGUUUGAGGCUUCUUUGGCUAUCUGCGAGGAUGUCUCUGGCAAGAACUCCAUCAACACUGCCACCCUUCUCUUCCAGACUGCUCAGUCGCUUGCCCUUGACAAGGACAUGCGCGGUGCCGUCAACCGCAUGCGCGAGUCGUACAACAUCUUCAAGGAGGUUCUUGGUGCUGAAGACCGCAACACCAAGGAGGCUGAGAGCUGGUUGGAGCAGCUCACACAGAGCGCCGUCAGCCAGCAGAAGCAGCUCAACGACAUUGCUGCUGGUCGUAUCCGCCGCGUCCAGCUAACCGGCAGGAACCCUCUCCGCCCAGCUGCUGCUACACCAACAGUCAGCGAGCACGCUAACACCGUGGGCGGUCCUCAGACCCGCCGUGGUACUGGUGGUGUCGACCAGCGCAGCAUCGACGAGCUUCUGAAGUACAUCGAGGGCGAGUCGCCGAAGACACCCACCAAAAAGCGCGGGCAGGCCAACCCCAGGAGGAGAGGUGGCAAGAACUAAUGUUCUGCCGCACAAAAGUCACCAUUUGGAUUUUGCAACGGCCUAUUCCUGUAACACUAUUGCGUUUUGAUUUUUUUAUGACGACCAAGGCAUCUCAGCACUCGGCACGUUCUUGCAUCUGUUGGCUCAUUGCGUUCGAGUUUAGCAUUGUUGGCUUGGGGAGUUGUGAGGUUCAUACUGGGUUGUAAUACUAGCCUCUUCUUGCCAUCUAGAAUAGGGAGGACGGGUAUGACGGCAGCAUGGUGAUGAACUAGAUGUAUGCAAUACAAUAAAAGGUCUCCUCUUUUC